CCGGCCCGGCCCGGCCCGGUCCUCCCCACACUUGGCUGAGCAAGGCUGGCUUAGAAGGCUCUUUUCCCCAAGAAAAUGGGGAUUGACAGUGAAAACCCAGUCCUGAGGAAUGUGCUCAUCAGCUUUAACUUGCUUCUGCUGGGUGCUGUCCUCAAGCCUUUUGAGUGCCGGCUGGAGGUGACAACAGAGCCAGCCGAGAGGCCAGCAGUGGAUGAGAAGGGUAGCUUGUCCAACUGCAGCCCACCAAUCAAAGAACAGCCCAUGGUCUUCCACCACAUCUACAACAUCAAUGUACCCCUAAACAGCUGCUGCUCGUCCAUGUUCAAGUCGUCAGCUGAGGAGGUGAGUUCAGAAGAUGACCAGCUGGCGGAGUACACGGAGCAGACCUCUGACAGCGAGAGCCAGGUCACCUUCACCCACAGGAUAAACUUGCCCAAGCAGGCCUGCAAGUGCUCCACCUCCCUCCCGUCCCUGCAGGAGCUGCUGAGCAGGAUUGAGAUGCUGGAGAGGGAGGUGUCCAUGCUCCGGGACCAAUGCAACUCCAAUUGCUGCCAAGAAAAUGCAGCCACAGGGCAGCUGGAUUACACCCCACAGUGCAGCGGCCAUGGGAACUUCAGCCUGGAAUCCUGCAGCUGCGUGUGCAUGGAGGGCUGGGCGGGCAGCAACUGCUCUGAGCCCCACUGCCCCCGGGGCUGCUCCAGCCGCGGUGUCUGCCUGGAGGGUCAGUGCAUCUGCGACAAUGACUAUGGGGGUGAGGACUGCUCCCAGCUCCGUUGCCCCAGCGGCUGUGGCUCCCAUGGGCUCUGCGUGGAUGGCGAGUGCAUCUGUGAGGAGGGUUUCACCGGGGAGGAUUGCUCCCAGCUGCGGUGCCCCCAUGACUGCUCAGGGAAGGGCUACUGCGUCAAUGGCACAUGCAUCUGCCAGGAGGGCUACGCCGGGGAGGACUGCAGGUGGCUGCACUGCCCCAACGCCUGCAGCGGCCGUGGGGUCUGCCAGGAUGGUCUCUGCAUCUGCGAGGAAGGCUAUGAAGGGCAGGACUGCUCAUCAGUGGCUCCACCUGAAAACCUGCGAGUGACAGGGAUCAGUGACAGCUCCAUUGAGCUGACGUGGGACAGCAGCCGGGCAGCCACCGAGUACAUCAUCUCAUACCAGCCGGCAUGGCCAGGGGGCACCCAGCUCCAGCAACGAGUGCCUGGAGACUGGAGCAGCAUCACCAUCACGGAGCUAGAGCCAGGCGUUGCCUACAAUGUCAGCAUCUACACAGUCAUCAGUGAUGUCCUGAGCAUCCCUGUUACCUCCAAGGUAGUGACCAACCUUGCCACACCGCAGGGCCUGAAGUUCAAGACCAUCACAGAGACGACAGCAGAGGUGCAGUGGGAGCCCUUCUCUUUCCCUUUUGACGGCUGGGAGAUCAGCUUCAUCCCCAAGAAUAACGAGGGCAGUGUGAUCGCCCAGCUCCCCAGCACCGUCACCACCUUCAACCAGACAGGGCUGAAGCCAGGGGAAGAGUACACCGUCACUGUGGUGGCCCUGAAGGAACAAGCCAGGAGCCCUCCCACCUCCGACAGCGUCUCAACCCUCAUCGAUGGACCGACGCAGAUCCUGGUGCGGGAUGUCUCCGACACAGUGGCCUUUGUGGAGUGGACGCCGCCGCGUGCCAAGGUGGACGCCAUCCUGCUGAAGUACGGGCUGGCAGACGGGGAGGGCGGGAGGACCACCUUCCGCCUGCAGCCCCCCCUCAGCCAGUACUCCCUGCAGGCCCUGCGCCCCGGCGCCCGCUACCGCCUCGCUGUCAGCGCCCUCCGGGGUGCCAAUGAGAGCCAGCCAGCCCUCGCCCAGUUCACCACAGAGAUCGAUGCACCCAAGAACCUGAGAGUGGGCUUGCGGACCCCUGCCAGCCUCGAGCUCACCUGGGACAACAGCGAGGCUGACGCACACAGCUACAGGGUGGUCUACAGCACCCUGGCUGGGGAGCACUACCAUGAAGUCCUGGUGCCACGUGACACUGGUCCCACCACCCGGGCCACCCUCACAGAUCUGGUGCCAGGGACAGAGUACGGCAUCGGGAUUUCAGCCGUGAUGGACAGCCAGCAGAGCGUGCCAGCAACCAUGAAUGCCAGAACAGAACUUGACAGCCCCCAGGAUCUCCUGGUGAUAGCGUCCACUGAGACAUCCAUCUCACUGGCCUGGACCAAAGCCACAGGUCCCAUUGACCACUACCGCAUCACCUUCACCCCUGCCUCGGGGAUGGCCUCUGAAGUGACAGUGCCCCAGGAUCAGUCACAGUUCACCCUCUCGGAGCUGGAGCCUGGGACAGAAUACACCAUCUCCAUCAUUGCUGAGAGGGGACGCCAGCAGAGCCUGGAGGCAACUGUGGAUGCCUUCACAGGGGUCCGGCCCAUCACACAACUCCACUUCUCUCAGCUGACAUCCUCCAGUGUGAAUGUCACAUGGAGUGACCCAUCCCCACCAGCAGACCGCCUCAUCCUCACCUACAGCCCCCGGGACAAGGAGGAGGCACAGCAGGUCACACUUGACGGCACCCGCAGGCAUGCCAGCCUGAUGGGCUUGCAGCCAUCCACCGAGUACCUGGUGUCACUGGUGGCCAUGCAUGGCACCAUCAGCUCUGAGCCUGUUGUGGGCUCCAUCACGACAGGGAUCGAUGCACCGAAGGACCUCAGAGUGGGAAAUGUCACCCAGGAGUCCAUGAAGAUCUACUGGAGCCCUCCCAUUGCUGCCUUCGACCACUAUAGAAUAUCCUACCGUGCUGCUGAAGGGAGGACAGACAGCACUGCAAUCACCAGUGAUGCCACCGAGUACACGCUUCGCCAGCUGCAGCCUGCGACCAAGUAUGAGAUCGGGGUGAAGAGCGUGCGGGGCAGGGAGGAGAGCGAGGUGGCCUCCAUCACUGUGCAUACAGCCAUGGAUAUCCCCUUGGGGGUCACAGCCACCAACAUCACCCCCACUGAGGCACUGCUCCAGUGGAACCCACCAUUGUCGGAGGUGGAGAGCUAUGUCCUCGUCCUCACCCGCCACACAGUUGCAGGAGAAACAAUUCUCGUGGAUGGAGUCAACCAGGAGUACCAGCUGACCAACCUCCUACCCAGUACCACCUAUACAGUCUCUAUGUAUGCCACCCAUGGGCCUCUCACCAGCCAGACUGUCAGCACCAGCUUCACAACUCUUUUGGAUCCUCCAACAAAUCUGACUGCCAGCGAAGUCACACGACGAAGUGCCCUGCUUUCCUGGGUGCCUCCCGUGGGAGAGAUGGAGAACUACAUCAUGACCUACAGAUCCACGGAUGGCAGCUGGAAGGAGCUGAUUGUGGAUGCUGAGGAUACAUGGAUCCGCCUGGAGGGGCUUUCUGAGACCACAGAGUACACUGUGCGCCUGCAAGCUGCCCAAAAUGCCAUGAGGAGUGGCUUCAUCUCCACCACCUUCACAACAGGUGGCCGUGUCUUUGCUAACCCUCAGGAUUGUGCCCAGCACCUGAUGAACGGAGACACACUGAGUGGUGUGUACACCAUCUCCAUCAAUGGGGAGCUCAGCCAGCGAGUUCAGGUGUACUGUGACAUGACCACUGAUGGAGGUGGAUGGAUUGUCUUCCAGAGGCGGCAGAAUGGGCUGACGGAUUUCUUCCGGAAAUGGGCAGAUUACCGGGUUGGUUUUGGAAACCUGGAAGAUGAGUUUUGGCUGGGUUUGGACAACAUCCACAAGAUCACGUCCCAAGGGCGCUAUGAGUUGCGCAUAGACAUGAGGGACGGCCAGGAGGCAGCAUAUGCCUACUACGACAAGUUCUCCAUUGGGGACUCCAGGAGCCUGUACAAGCUGCGAAUUGGGGACUACAAUGGCACUUCAGGGGACUCCCUCACCUAUCACCAGGGUCGCCCCUUCUCCACCAAGGACAGGGACAAUGAUGUCGCUGUGACCAACUGUGCCAUGUCCUACAAAGGGGCCUGGUGGUACAAGAACUGCCACCGCACCAACCUCAAUGGCAAGUACGGAGAGUCCCGGCACAGUCAGGGGAUUAACUGGUACCAUUGGAAAGGCCACGAGUUCUCUAUCCCCUUUGUGGAAAUGAAGAUGCGACCUUACAACCACCGUAACAUCUCUGGGAAGAAGCGACGAUCCCUACAGCUCUGAGGGAGCUGAACCCCCUCCUGCCUUCCACCAUCUGACCUUUUCUGUCAUUUGUUUGUAUUUUAUAAUAUGAAAAGGGGGGGAAUUUACUACUCAUUCAUCUGAGAUAGCAACCUGCCCCUCACGAGUGCUGGAGGGAACCAUGGCACAAGCAAAGGCUGUGGGAAAGGAAAGACCUCAUUGCUUUGCAUCUUUCCCAGAGAAAUACCAAAUUUCCAGUCUCCCUACCCCAGUACUCUGACCCUUAACACAAGAAGAGAGAGAAAGAGACAGACAGAUUUUUUGAUAUUUUUUUAAAAGACAUAGAAAUCCCCAGCAAACCCUGUUAGAAAUGUCCGGCAUGGGGCUCAUGGCAGAAACCUUCCCCACAGGGACCUUUGGCACCCCAGUCAUGGCCAGGGACACCCAUCCUCUUCCUGCCUCCCUGUCCCCUCCUGACAGGGAGGUCCCAGGCUUCAAGCUAUCCUGCAGACACCAACUCUUCCAACAGGCAGAGGCCUGUCUCUCCUUCCAGCCUGGUCAUCCCUCCCCUACUUGCAGGCACUGUACACAUGGAGACAAAAAGAGGAUAAGCCAACACAAGGCUCAUCUCGUUCCCAGUUUUCACAAAUCACACAGGAGGGUUUGGUGAACAUCUGCGUAAGCAGGGAAACUUUAGAAAGCCCACAUCCCAAAUGUUGGCCCCACCACAGCCAAAGCCAUCUUCAUGUACAUGGAGCCUAGGGGAACAAGAGCUGCUCCACCAGCACCAACCUGCAUCAUCCACUCUGAGCUGAACUCAUCCCACCCCAGGUGCAUGACAACUGCCUGGGUUAUGCUGAGCUUCAUGAAGAAGAAAAGAGUCAAAUUAGGUCUUGAAGUCUAGGGCCCAUUUCCUCUGCUAUUUUGACAUUUCACCACACUGUCUGUCACUGAGGUCAGUGGUCCCAGACCAAGGAGACUCAGAGAAGAAACAGCAACGAAAAGAGGUAUCACAACUGCAGCCCAGCCUGAAGCUAGCAGCUGACACAGCUCAGGUGCUCUUGUUCAGGGUCCUCCAUGCACACAGGGAAGGAUGAUGAUGCAGCCUACAGAAGACAAGCGCAAGCUAAGAAAUGCCUAUUCUCUUCCCUCUCCCCAAACCAUCCCUCUUUGCCACCAUCACAAGAAAGACACCAAUCUCAGUGCCUUGGUAUCACCACCUCUUUAAUGGGAAAUCAACUAUUUCCCCUUCUGGAAGGAAUGCUUGGUCUAUCCAUUCUGGAGCACUUCAAGAGUUCGCUCCUGCCAUCCCUAACUUCUCCUGUCUUAAGAAGAUGGACCCUUCAGAUAGCUCUGGCUGCACUCUGUUGUCAUUGACACCACCGACACAUAGCCCAAACGACAACUGUGCUGGAGUCACCCCUCUGCCAAGGACUCUGAACAAUGCUGGGCAUUGUCACUGGCCUGGUCUCAGAGAAGGAACCUAUCCCCACAUCCAAGAACAAUGCAGCUCAUCACUGGGUUCACAGCGGAGGGAGCAAUACAAAUGCUAAACACUGCUUUUUGAUUUUAUCCAACUGAAGCUGCUUUGUCUCAAGAAACAUCUUCCAGAUGGCAACAUAAAGGCAUCUUUGCAGUAGCUUAUAAUUCAGGCCAGUGUCUCUUUCACGGCCAUGCUCCUGGAUUUUCUGACAUUACUCACCAUGGCUGCAAAGCUGAAGAAGGGCAUUAAGGGGGAAAAGCAGCAUCCUUGUCUAUGCCAUCUGCUGGCACACAAAAUCAUAGCUAACUCCAAGGUCAUGAUUAGAUAGAGGGUGCAGCCUUUCAAGUAGUCAGCUUACAAGCUGCAGUCUGACCAGGAGGAAGAAUGUUGUAGCUCAGCAACAUCUCGUAUGUAAAUGAGACAUCUCACUUUCCAUCAGCAUCAAAUCAUGCAACAAGCCAACCAGUUGAGGAACAGGUCAGUCAGAGAGGCUACAGAUAAUAGGAUCUCUUGCAGGACAUGGCCAGUGUCACACAUGGCAGCAUACCAGGCCUCCUGAGCAGCCUGUCCUGUUUCAUAUCCAAAAGCCAACAAGAAGCAAUGGAACUCAGUAAAACCUAUGAAGCACCCAGUAGACCAGCAGAGUAAUAUUUUUCCCAACAUCGCUAACAGUUUAUAGGGAAGAAGUGUCUUAACAGAAGUACUACAGUGUAG